GAGCACCUGAACGCAGCUCGUACUUCCUCCAAAAUGGCGGCUCCGGAGUUGUGUGGCUUCUUCUUGGAGAAAAAGAAACGGUUCUGUAAAAUGAUGGUGAGCCGAGGAAGAAGGUUCUGUGGAGAACAUGCGACCAUGGAGGAAGGAAACAGCAGCAGAAGAAUUGUGUGUCCUCUUGACCCCAAGCACACUGUGAGUGAAGACAAACUGGACAAACACCUGAAGAAGUGUAACUCCAGAGAGAAAGAGAAACCUGUUUAUUAUGUGGAGAACAUCAACUCUGGAUCUGCUGAUGGAGACGAGUGUCAGCAGCAGGUGAGCCUGAGUGACCGGAGCCGGACGGAGUUGCACUCCCUGCUGGACAAACUGAGGACUGCAGUCGCAGAUCUGCAGUGUAACAUGGAGGACGGCGUUAUGUGUCAUCCUGCCCUCCAGGGGGAGCUCAAUAACCCAAAGAAUGGAGACUCCGCCCAUAAACACCUGAAACAGCAGUCUUCUAUCUUAGGUCACCUGGAGGAGCUGGGGCUGCUGGGGGGGGGGCGCUGCUUCGUGGAGUUUGGGGCCGGUCGAGGGAAACUGUCUCACUGGAUCCACGAGGCCCUGAAGACCUGCGAAGACCUGCAGCUGCUGCUGGUGGAGCGCUGCAGCACCCGCUUCAAGGUGGACGGGAAACAUCAGGAUGUUGGAGUUAAGUUUGAGAGGCUGCAGGUUGACAUUCAACAUCUGGACUUAAGUAAAGUUCCUCUGCUCCAGAAGACAAAUCUCCCGUUGGUUGGAGUCGGCAAACACCUGUGUGGAGCAGCGACAGAUCUGGCUCUGCGCUGUCUGCUGGACACACCAGGACUGAGAGAGGAGACUGAACCACCACCAAAACGCCUCAAAACCUCAGAACCAGCUGCUGGUCCAGACACAGGUUCUGUCUUGAGUGAUACAGGACUAGUUUCUGAUCCUGGUCCUGCAUGUGGUGCUGUCCUUGGCCUGGCGGUGGCGCUGUGCUGUCACCAUCGCUGUGAGUGGCGCCACUACGUGGGUCAGCAGUUCUUCUUGCAACGAGGACUCGGAGCUUCAGAGUUCUCCGCUUUCUGUCGAAUUUCCAGCUGGGCCACAUGUGGACUCAGACCGACCAAUCAGAAUGCAGCCAGACCGCGAGGAGACGUGGAGGAGCACGACGCCGCGGAGGAGACGGAUGCUGUGAACGGGUUUCUGUCGGCAGCUGAACGAGAGCAAGUCGGUCGACUCUGUAAACUUCUCAUCGACUGCGGCAGAGUUCACUUCCUCACAACCAGAGGAUUCCACAGCAAACUGAGUCGCUAUGCCGACGCCCAGGUGACCCUGGAGAACGUCCUGCUGACCGCCGUGCCCUCCCCACGACCUCCGCCCUGACCUCAGGUGACCCUGGAGAACGUCUUGCUGACCGCCGUGCCCUCCCCACGACCUCCGCCCUGACCUCAGGCUCAGGGAUUGAGUUUCAUUUCCAGUUUUACAUUUUCAGUCAUAUAAAGAUCAAGACAUUUUAAAAUCACCUUGAAACUUUUUUGAGAAAUGAGACUUACAUGUUUUUGUGAAAUAAUGGAUUGAGUUUAAUGUUUGAUAAAGUUUCUGUUAAUAAUUUUCCAUUUCCUGUUUAUGCGUUUGACACAUCACAGGAUCACAGCAGCAGAAGGUGAAAGUUCAUUAUCAUAAUGAAGUGUCAGCAGAGUUGAAUCUUUCAUCGUGACAAUAAAACGUUGUUUAGGUUUAAAAAGCUGCAGCAGGAGAAGCUCAGCAACACGUCAGGUCUGAAGAAUCAUCUGCAAUAUUCAGAAAAGAAACAAUUAGUUCACAGGUUUCGGGGAUUUAUAAUGAAAUAUUUUAUAGUAAAACAUCCUGAUAAGUAUUUUACCAUUAAGAAUAUGAUUGAUUAUAAAUUAAACAUUCAUUUUAAUGUCA